AUGAAUAAGAAAUUAGAACAACUUGAAAAAUUCAAAACAAAUGAUAAGAAUCCAGUUUAUUCAACAACAAAUACUGGUGUUUCUUUAUCAGAUGAUGCAAAUUCAUUAAAAGCAGGUCCAAGAGGUCCAACUCUUUUGGAAGAUUUUGUUUUAAGAGAAAAGAUAACUCAUUUUGAUCAUGAAAGAAUUCCAGAAAGAAUUGUUCAUGCAAGAGGAACAGGAGCUCAUGGUUAUUUUCUUUCUUAUAAGGAUCAUAGUAAAUUAACAAAAGCAGAUUUCUUGAGUAAACAAGAUAAGAAAACACCAGUUUUCAUUCGUAUAUCAACAGUUCAAGGACCAAGAGGAUCAGCUGAUACAGUUCGUGACGUUCAUGGAUUUGCUGUGAAAUUCUAUACUGACGAAGGUAAUUAUGAUCUAGUUGGUAAUAAUAUGCCAGUGUUUUUUAUUCAAGAUGCAAGUUCAUUCCCAGAUUUUGUACAUGCAGUAAAGAUGGAACCACAGAAUGAAAUGCCAACUGGGGGAAGUGCUCAUGAUACUUUUUAUGAUUUCUGUGGAUUAAAACCAGAGAGUGCUCAUAGCGUACUAUGGGUAAUGUCAGAUCGUGGUAUCCCAAUUUCACUUCGUCAUCAACAAGGUUUCGGUGUUCAUUCAUACCGUUUCAUUAAUCAAGAAGGAAAGAGUACAUUUGUAAAACUUCAUUGGAAACCAUUGUCUGGUACAUGCUCAUUGCUUUGGGAUGAAGCUCAAAAGAUUGCCGGUAAAGAUUGUGAUUAUCAUCGUAGACGUUUUUGGGAAGAUAUUGAGUCUGGUGAUUUCCCACAAUGGGAAUUGGGUGCACAAUUAUUGGAUGAAGAUUUACAAAAGAAAUUUGAUUUCGAUAUUUUAGAUCCAACCAAAUUAAUUCCAGAAGAAUUGACACCAGUAAUUCCAUUGGGUAGAAUGGUUAUCGAUAGAAAUCCAGAUAACUUUUUCGCAGAGACUGAACAAGUGGCAUUCUGUGUCUCUCAUGUGGUGCCAGGUAUUGAUUUCAGUAAUGAUCCAUUGUUGCAAGGUCGUAUUUUCUCAUAUUUAGAUACUCAACUAUCACGUUUAGGUGGUCCCAAUUUCAAUGAAAUUCCAAUCAACAGACCAGUAUGUCCAUUUGCUAAUAAUCAAAGAGAUGGUAUUCAUCGUAUGACAAUCAAUAAAGGUGGUGCAAGUUAUUUCCCAAACUCAAUUGAUAAAGGCUAUCCAUUACUAAAGGAACCAUCAGCAAAUAAAGGUGGCUUCAGACCUUAUCCAGAGAAUAUCAGUGGUACCAAAUCCUAUGAUAGAAGUGAAACUUUUGAAGAUCAUUUCUCACAAGCCACCAUGUUUUGGAAUAGUAUGUCUCAACAUGAAAAGAAUCACAUCAUCGCCGCAUACACUUUUGAGAUAUCAAAAUGUUCAAGACCAGAAGUUCGUACACGUUAUGUUAACAAUAUCUUGGUAAACAUUGAUUCAGUACUCGCUGAAAAAGUUGCCAAGAAUCUUGGUGUAAAGAUUGAACCAACUUCAACCAAACCAAUCAAGAAGAUUAUGGUAAAACCAUCACCAGCUUUAUCUCAACCAAAUUUAUUAUCUGGUGAUAUCGUUAGUCGUAGAAUUUCAGUUAUCAUUGAAAAAGGUGUUGACUAUGAUGACGUUAUCAAUUUCAAAGAUGAUAUGGAGAAAAGAGGUGCAAUGGUAAUGUUAGUCUCUUCAACUUUGGCACAAGUAGAAUGUAGUGGUGGUGAAAUGUUAUCUCCAAAAGGUACAAUCAUUGGUAACCCUUCCAUUUUCUUUGAUGCAGUCUAUGUUCCAAAAUCAACAGAAGAAGCCACUAAAAUCCUCUCUGAUGAUGGUAAUUUCCUUCAUUACAUUCUUGAAGCCUUUAAACAUCUCAAAACCAUUGCAUUUGGUGGUUCUGUAUCGGUGAUUAAAGAAUUACUUCGUUUACCUCAAGAUCAUGGUUUAUUACUUGGUAAUGGUUAUAAAGAUAUCACUGAACAAUUCUUUUAUUCACUUGCUCAUCAUCGUGUUUGGGAAAGAGAAUCAAAAGUUUCCAAAAUUCCAGCCUAA